GUACGCACUGACACAACUUCUCACGACCCCAAACCACAUUUCCACACCUUCAGUAAAUUCAUAAUAUUGUCCGGCCAGGCCCGUCAUAGGUAGGGUCCUUAUUCUCGGCAACAAACUUGGAAACUCCAGGCUUCCUAUGCCUGCGGACUGAUUUGACCUCCGAGUCCCACAUUUCAUUCCAUUCUUACGAAAUCUGAAAAUGGCUCCGAUACGCGACAAAUUCACUAUACAUUCGAAGGCCAUUGUAUGUCAAGACGUUGAGCUGAAGGGAGACAUCACGAUCGGUGCAGGAACUAUCGUUCAUCCUAAGGCGACUAUAUUUGCCAUUGCUGGACCCAUUGUGAUUGGGACAGGAUGCAUUAUUGAAGAAGGCGCAAUCAUUGUAAAUCGGCGAAAGGAAGUCAUGCGCAUAGGCGAUGACAACCUCUUUGAGAUAGGUUGUCGUGUCGAAUCGCCAACCGUCGGCAACUUCAACACCAUCUCAACUCGCGCUCGCGUCCACCACACUGUCAGGAUAUCAUCUUACUGUGUCAUUGGUGCCGGAUGCCUUGUUGUACCGACCGAAGACGAAAUUCUAGACGAAUACACCGUUAUCUAUGGGCCUGCUGGAGAGAGACGUACGUGGAGUGGCAGAGGGAAGGUCCAAGAGGCUGACCUACGAAAGAAACACGCUGAUUAUCUGAAGGAUAUGUUGCCGAAGUUCAACAGGCUUCGACGCGGGGACGGAACGUAGUUCAAUAGGAUUUUUACAUUAUUGUACAUUUUUUGGUCGUCUUCGUCAAUAUGGCUUGAAUGGGCAGACGUCGCGCAGACGCGCGACGCGUCGAUGCCCGUGCCGGGAAAAGGUUUCCAUAAUUGAUUCAGUCCGUUCACAAACUCGAU